GCACCUGAACUGAGCAUCUCUAUCCACUCCACCCUAUAUGCUUUAUUCAUGAUGUCGGAGCAGACGCAAUGCAGUGAUGACCCACAGUGAUUAGAAGAACGAAUACAUCAGAGCAAAACCAAACCAGCACUGACAUCAAAAGAUGGAGGGCUUGUGCUCAUUUGAGCGAUGUUUUCCAAAUAACUACACGUGAUUGGCCUAUGGGCUGAACACGUGUGAUUGGCAGCUGAUCCAGCCACUGACGAGAUGCCAUCCAAGGUGUCAUGCCUGUAUUUGCUGACUGUGGUUUGCUGGGCCAGUGCUCUGUGGUAUCUCAGCGGCUCCCGGCCCUCAACCACCUACGUGGGUCAGAUGACCUUCGCCCGCAAACCGCUCCCGCGGCUCUCGAAGAACGACACGCUCAGCAAUAUCCGCACGCGUACUCUGAACCCACACAAUUUCAAGUUCCUCAUCAAUGAGCCCAAAAAAUGUGAAGGCACAACACCCUUUCUUGUCCUCCUCAUCAGCACCAACCACAAGGAGUUUGACGCCCGGCAGGCGAUCCGGGAGACGUGGGGAGAUGAGAACAUAUUCGGCGAUGUUCGCAUUGUGACGCUGUUUCUUCUCGGGUUCAGCACUGAACCUGUGCUCAACCAGAUGGUGGAACAAGAGAGCCAGAUCUUCCAUGACAUCCUAGUCGAGGACUUUGUGGAUUCCUACCACAAUUUGACCCUGAAGACUCUUAUGGGGAUGCGGUGGGUGUCCUCAUUCUGCCCAAAUGCACAGUACGUCAUGAAAACCGACAGUGAUAUAUUUGUCAACAUGGACAACUUAGUGUUUAACCUGCUGAAACCCAACACCAAACCAAGGCACCGCUUUUUCACGGGUCGCGUGAUAAACGGAGGACCCAUACGUGAUGUUCGCAGCAAGUGGUUCAUGUCUAGAGAGCUCUACCCUGAAAGCAGGUACCCUGCUUUUUGCUCUGGGACUGGAUACGUGUUCUCCGGAGACAUGGCGGAGCUGCUCUAUAAGACCUCCCUACAUACGAGACUCCUACAUCUUGAGGAUGUGUACGUGGGACUGUGCCUGCGGAAACUAGGCAUUCAGCCCUUCCAGAACAAUGGAUUCAAUCACUGGAAAAUGACCUAUAGUCUAUGCCGCUACCGAAAAGUGUUGACUGUACAUCAGAUUUCACCAGAGGAGAUACUGAGAAUAUGGAACGAUAUGUCCAACAAGAAACAUCUCAAAUGCUAACAAAUAGUUGAGGAACAUGUUGAUAAAACCUGAGCCGAUAUGUGAUACUGGAAACAUGGUUAUUUAGUGGUGUUUACAGGACUAUUUAGGGCUUUUCACAUUUGAAAUAGUUAAUCGUUG